AUGGACGACAAUGGAUUUCUCUACAUUUCUGACAACGAAAAGUCUGAGGUUAGACGAUGGCGAGUGGGAGACACUAAAGGAGUAGUAGUGGCGGGUGGCAAUGGAAAAGGUUAUCGACUCGAUCAACUCAAUGGACCUUUCAACAUCUUCGUCGAUCGAGAUCAUACAGUUUACGUGGCGGACGAAUGGAAUUAUCGUGUGGUGAAAUGGGCCAAGGGAGCCAAAACAGGCAUUGUCGUAGCUGGUGGUCGAGGACAAGGAAAUUCUCCAGCACAAUUAAAUUGUCCUCAAGGAGUGGUUGUUGAUCAGUUGGGUACUGUCUAUGUGUCGGAUUGGGGGAAUCAUCGAAUCGUACGAUGGCCCAAAGGAGCCAGCUAUGGAAGUGUUCUUAUGGGUGGAAAAGGUGAAGGAGAAAAACCAAACCAGCUUAAUUAUCCGUGGGGUUUGUCAUUCGAUCGACACGGCAAUAUCUAUGUCGCUGAGCAAUUCAACCAUCGAGUACAGCGGUUCGAUAUCGAUCGGGCUUAA